UUCUCGCCUCAGAAUCAGUUUUAUGUCGAUUCUUCAACGGAAAAGUCAUGUUCCAACUUAGUAGUGCCAUUGCAAUUUGUAUUUUUCUACAAGGAAUCCUAUCCCUACCCAGCGAUGAUCGAGAUAAAGUCCUUCCCCCAAUUGCUGAAGAACCACUGAUCAUUGAGAACCAGUGCAAUGGACAUUGUUUCUCAGUUUUAAAGCCGAUCCUGGAUCAUUUUGUUAGCUUGAAGAAGGGAGCUGAUGCGAGUAACGAACUCAGAGACAAGAUAAACUCUUUGGAGGACACCAUUAAGGACUUGCAGAGUCAGUUGGAAAGUACUAAAAACCAACUGAAAGACAAUGAAAACCUUAUCACGGGAAAAGACGAACGUAUUCGUGACCUCCAAGAUCAAGUGAAUUCUACUGCAGCAAGAUUCUCCGAGAUAAGUGAACAGCUCAAGGCGUACACACAAAAAGAGCUGAAUCUACCCAACACAUGUCCGAGUGGCAGUCCCAAUGGCAUUUACCAGAUUAAACUUCGGGGAACCCCACCAUUUAAAGUUCCCUGCGUUUCGGCUACAUCUGGAUGGACCGUUGUUCUCAGUCGCUUUGACGGAAGCGAGAACUUCAACCGCACCUGGAGUAAUUACAGGGAGGGAUUCGGGGAUUUAAGUGGAGAGUUUGUUAUCGGUUUGGAAAAGUUGCACUUAAUGACUCGAUCACAACGCCACGAACUUUACAUACAACUGCAAGAUGUUAAUGGAAGCACUGCAUAUGCUAAUUACGAUGAUUUUGUCGUUGGCAGUGAGCAGGAAGAAUAUGAACUGAAAUCGCUGGGAAAAUAUACGGGAACUGCUGGAGAUUCAUUGAGUUAUCAUCGACAAUAUAAAUUUAGCACUAUUGAUCGGGAUAAUGAUGAUGGAGACGGAAAUUGCGUUAGUAAUCAUGGUGAAGGCGGUUGGUGGUAUAGAAAUUGUGCAGUAGGUGCGCUCACUGGAGAAUACUACAAGGAUGGCCGACGACUAUCGAAACACUAUGGAAUUAUUUGGGGUAAAUGGCGUGAUUACAACGUUUCCCUAACAUUCGCCCAAAUGAUGAUAAGGCCUAAGCCAAUCUGAGUUUACACUUGAUAUCCAUUUACUCUAAAAUAAAUCUUGAUGCUGUAACAAUUCUAAACAUA